ACGAGCUCGUCGUCGACGACUUCGUCGUCUCGUCACUUGCGGCGAGUCGCGGAAUUCCAAAUUUCCCUAUCAACUUCUCGCCGUUGUUGUUACACCUCUCGAUGCAAAAACCCUAGUGCGGGACGGAAGCACCGCCAUGGCGGAGCCGGCCCUGCUGGACCCCUCCCCGUUCGACCUCCGCCACUACCCGGCCCACCUCUUCGACCCCGACCUCCCGCUCGCCGCCGGCGGGGACGAGGACCUCCCGCUGGGCGCCUUCGACGGGCUCGACUUCGACCUGCCCGGUGAUUUCUCCGUGGAGGACUUCCUCCUCCGGUCUCCGGAACGCGACGACUCCGGCGAGGGCUCUGCUGCUGGAUCCGGCCCCACCGCCUCCCCGUCGUCUUCCCCGACCACCUCGGCGUCCAAUUCGGCCGUUGCGAACGGCAGCUGCGAGGUCAAGCACGAGGAGUCGGAUGAGGGGAGGAGCGGCGCUGACCCCAAGUGGAGCCUGAAGCGGAAGCAGUCGAGCCCCGGCCUGAGCUCGGACGUGGCUAAGUGCCGCCGAUCCGGGGAUGGUGAUGUUUCUCCGUCGGCGUCGGCGUCGCGGACUGCUGUGGAUUCUGACGAGGGGGGAACGGUCUGCGAGGAAGAGGACAAGCGACGAGCGGCGCGGCUGAUGCGGAACCGUGAGAGUGCGCAGCUUUCUCGGCAGAGGAAGAAGAGGUACGUGGAGGAGCUGGAGGACAAGGUGAAAUCGAUGAACUCGGUGAUUAAUGACCUCAAUUCUAGGAUAUCCUUUGUCAUGGCCGAGAACGCCACGCUGCGGCAGCAGCUCAGUGGCGGAAGUGCGAAUUUGCCACCACCUGGGGUUUAUCCACCGCCAAUUCCCGGCAUGCAUUUCCCAUGGGUGCCCCCGGGGUACGCGAUGAGACCCCAUGGUUCCCAUGUACCUCUUGUGCCAAUCCCCCGGUUGAAGCCGCAACAGCCGGUGCCUGCUUCCAAAGUAGCAAAGAAACCAGAGAGCAAGAAGAGUGGAGAGAACAAGAAUAAGACCAAGACCAAGACCAAGAAGGUGGCUAGUGUUAGCCUUCUUGGUUUGCUGCUUAUUAUGCUUGUCUUUGGUGCUUUCAUUCCAGGGUUCAAUCAUAACUUUGGAAUGGGUGGGCAGAGUGAUAAUGUAGUGUUUAGGAAUUUUGGUCAGUCUCAUGCUAGGGUGUUGAGUGUCAGUAGCCAGGAUAAAAGUGGUUUAAACAAUAGUGAGAUGUUUGGUGUUGAUGUUGGAAAGAUGGCGGGGAAUGCUGAUGGGCCAGGGAAGAAACAUCAGCCUGCACAGAAUUCAAGUGAGAUCCUGCCUGCUUUGUUGUAUGUGCCAAGGAAUGGAAAACAUGUUAAGAUCAAUGGCAACCUGAUUAUUCAUUCUGUGCUUGCGAGCGAGAAAGCGGUGGCACAUAAGGCCUCAAAAGGUGAUAGUGACCAGUCAGCUAAAGAUCACAAAGAGACUAGUGUUGCCAUAGCUCGCUAUCUUUCACUGCCUGGAAGGGAUAUGAAUCGACAGGAGACACCCUCGGCAGAUGGGCCAUUGCCACAAUGGUUUCGUGAAGGAAUGGCAGGACCUAUAUUAAAUUCAGGAAUGUGCAGUGAGGUAUUUCAGUUUGACAUUUCCGCAGCUUCUAGCAAUCCUGGUGGCGUUAUACCUGCGUCUCCUAUUGUGAACUCGUCAAGUGUUAAUGCUACGGAGAAAAUUCCAGCACAUUCUGCUGCCUACCAAGGCAAGCUGAAAAACAGAAGAGUCAUGUAUAAUGAAGCGAUUCCACUCACUGGAAAGACGGCGAACAACACUGAGCCUUUUAACAGAACCUCUGAAAGCAGCAGCAAGUUGCCUGAUAGCAAACCAGCAUCAUCCGUUGUUGUUUCGGUGCUAGCAGAUCCCAGGGAGGCAGGUAACGGGGAUGGCGAUCCGAGAGUAUCUCCAAAACCUCUAUCCAAGAUAUUUGUUGUUGUUCUUGUUGAUGGUGCCAGAUAUGUCACUUACUCCUGCACGCUUCCAUUCAAGAGUGCCAGCCCACAUCUUGUGAACUAAUCAUGGGAUUUUAGUGCUUGAGGGCUGCACAGUUCACCAUAAUCUGACAGAUGAUGUAGAUUUAUACCAUGAUCUGAUGAUCUUUCCUAACCAAGGCCUAAACUUUCUAUGCACUCAGCCUGAGGUAAUUCUAGUUUGUCGAAGGUUCGGAGUGAUGAGUGCAAGUCUAGUUAAUGAAUGCGGUUUGCACCGCUGUGAUAAUCAGGUUCUUAUGCUGUACUCCAACUGUAACGGUGAUGUAAUCAGGUAAUACUGUUUGAGCGCUGAGAUAAAAGUCCAACUAGUAAUAUGGAAAGACGAGAACUCAAGUGCAAAGUAUACAUGCUUUUCUUCUUAACUUA